GUUUGUGUUUAUAUGCAAGCUAAGAGUCAGCGCCCAAAAAAACGGCGAAAUAUAACUUUUCCCCAAUUAAUUUCGUUUUAUUAAAUUAAUUUGAACAUUUAUCUGUAAUUUAUUUCCAUGAAGAGUUGCGCGAGGUGGAUGUUUAUAAAAAGAUAUGACAGAUAAUGAGUGAAAUAGAGACGGAUAUAUAUGAAGAUCUUCCUGAAUUCAGAUACGGCGACAAAUUUGACGAGCUUCAAUCACUUGUCAAUACUCUAAUAGAAAAAAAUGACACUUUAUACGCACGUCUCCUUCAAGCAUCAAAGGAAAAAGAAGAGUUUGAGGAAAAGUGCAAUGCCUUAUCCUUAAAUAUCUCGAUACUACUGAAAACUGCUCAAUCAGAAAUAUCGAGGAAAGACAGGAUCAUCAAGAACUUGAGACAAGAACUGGAUGAGACCAACAAAAGGCUGAAAAAUGGAGGAAGAGCUUUCACAAUGCACAAUAACAAGUCUAGUCAAAUCACCAAUAGAGAUAGUUUACAAAGGAAAUCAAGAGAUCCCAAAGAACCUGUCAAUGCAAGGUUGUCUUCAGAGUUAGACGAAAGAGAAAAGAAGUUCGUAAGCAACAUACGAGACCCAAAUUUUUCCCCUUUCAAUGACACUUACAGUCUAGAGAAAUCAACUAAGAGCCUUGAAGAAAAGAGAACUUCAAGAGGCUACAACGUGAAAGAAUCUCAAGAAAACAUGAUAACAAAACAAGAAACAAAUCAGAAAAGUGCAAUCAGUCAAAUGGAAAAUGAAGUGUGUAGAAAAGGUUUAACUAGAGAUAAUGAGAAAUCAAAGCUUGAAAGAAAAGAAGAUGAAGAUAAAAGAAAUGGAAAAUCUAAUUCUCCUACUAUCCAAGAUACAAGUAAUAAAUUAAAAGACUUUAUAGCAAAUAGUGUAAAUAAUCAAGAUGCUCAAGUUAAAGACAACAUAUCAAGCCUUAAAAAUACAGAACAGCCAAAUGAAUUUGUACAGACAAAAGAUAAUAAAAAUGUAGAAACAAAAAUUACAAACACUUUAGACAAAUGUAUUUUAAAUAAAGAUUUCCCUGUGCCAACAUUUCAGAAACAGCCUUUUAAAACCUUGUUUUCUGAAAGGAUGGCAAAAAGAAAUGAACAGCUGGCUAGCUUAGAAGCCAGUAAAAUUAAUGAUGCAGUGGCACCAACGAAAGUACAAGAAGUUAAAAAUCCUGAAAAGACUGAUGUAGAUAAAAUUACCCCUAAAAGGAGUGAAGAAAUGGAUAAAAAUACAGAAAUGUCUAAACGUGUGACUGCAAAAAGGACGAGGUGUACAUUUAACCCGAUUUCCAACAACUGCAGUAUAAAUUCGGACAUGCCGCCUUCAAGAAUUAUGACCAGGUCUCAAGCUUCCUUGCAACCACCGCAGAAGAAGGUAAAAGUCCAGCCUACCAUUAAAAGAAAAUGUAAAAAGGAAAAUAAAUGUUCAGACAGUAUGCUGUUGAACAUUUUCGGAAGCCCUGUUAAAUGGGUCGAUAGUUCUCUGAGCGAAGAUGAGGAGGUCGCAAAAAUUGACCUGUCGUCUCCAACAGUGUACGAAGACUCGUGUAGCGCUCAGAUUGAAAAUUCUCAAUUCACUGAGAAAACUAAUACAGUUGUUGCCUUAAACAGUGAAAAUGAAGUUACCCUUGAAAUAUCAAAAAAAGACGAGGCGAUUGUGAUUGUCGAUAAAGACAAAAGGCCGUUUCAAGAUUUAAGCAAACAUGAAACAAAAUCUUUAUUUUCACCUGAAAAAUCAGGAUUUAAUCCGAGUCUUCAAUCAGCAUCGUCUUCAUUGCCACCUUUGGUUUUUGAGCCUUGCAAACCAAGCCCACCUGUAAAUCCUAAAUAUGAGGAUACUUUUAUGGGGCAGUUUGAAGAUACGACUCAGUUCAUAACUGCAUUGACUAAAGUCGAAAACAAAAUUUCUCCCUUGAACACCCCAUGUAAAUUGAAUGAGUCAAAAGUACCUUUGGUCAAAAUCAGCCCGUUGACGAUUGAUCAACCUACAACCGAAAACAAGGGAAAGGAAAAAAAUCCUGAUAAACCUGUCAAUGUGCUGAAACCAAGAAAGACACCGCGUGUUGUGACUAAACCAAUUUCAUCUAAAACUAUCAACACAACGUUCUCAUUAAAAGAUUCAUUUGUGUCGGAACAGGAAAAAAAGGUGAUGAACUUAAAAAAUACAGAAUACGAAAAAGUCCUUCAAGUAUUUGGUUCAUCGAGGGGAUCAGAGAUGAGUAAAGCGCCUUUGGAAAAGAUGAAAUGGGUAUUGAAGCCUUUAAAAUUAGAGCAGAAAAUUACUAUAAGGAGAGAAUCUUUGAAUAUGGAUUCCAGAGACAAUCCUGGAAAUAAAAACCAAAAGGUGGUCAAUUUGAAAAAUACAGAAAAUGAAAAAUUACUCCAAGUAUUUGGUUCAUCAAAGGGACCAGAGAGUAAAGCACCGAAUGACAUGUCAAAUAAUUUAAUUGAAACACACAAGCCUGAAAAAGUUCCAGGCAUAAGCGAUCUCACAAAUAAGUCACCAAAUGAAAAAAUGAAACUACAAGAAAAAAAUCUUAUGAAAGUGAUAAACAAACAGGAAACGAGAUUGUAUCAUUCAACAAUACUCCUUCCGACUCUUCCGAACAGCGAGAAUCCUGAUAUUAGAAAGUGUAAGGGGAAAAAUCAAAAAGUACCUGAAGCAAAAAAAACCCAAUCACCUCCUAAAAAUUGUGAUAACUCGUUGAAACAAGGGUGCAUCGACAGCUCAAAACUGGAUGCAAAAACUACUUUGGAUCAUGGUGCUAAAAGUGAAGAAUCCAGAGUGCAUAAUAAGACGGUAUACGCUGAAAAGGCCGAAAGUCUGGCUAUGCCCAAAACGGAAAAUCUGGAAGGCAGUCUUAACAAAAAAUCACCAGUAAUACGAAUCCGCAAUAACAGAAAAAUUCAUUGGUCCAAUGUUGACAAUCCAGGGAAAUUAAUUAUCACAAGAUGUCGCCCUAUUAAUUUUUCUAUGAGCAAGUUUCUACCAGCUUCUUAUGUGUUUUUUCUUUUUUAAAUAAAUCAUUUAACA